AUGUCGCGCCGAGGACUGAUGGAGCAGGACCUGAGCAAGCUCGACGUCACGCAGCUGCACCCUCUGUCGCCAGAGGUGAUUUCACGCCAGGCGACGAUCAACAUCGGUACCAUUGGGCAUGUGGCCCAUGGGAAGUCUACAGUUGUCAAAGCAAUCUCAGGUGUACAGCUUUUCAGUACUAUCUAUGUAUAUCGCUUUGUGUACGUUGCUAAAUGCAUGGCUUAUGGCAUUGGCAAAGAAGAUAGCCCUCUCUGUGACGUGCCAGGUUUUGAAAACUGUAGGAUGAAGCUCCUGAGACAUGUUUCAUUUGUCAAUUGCCCGGGGCACGACAUUCUCAUGGCUACAAUGCUUAAUGGAGCGGCUAUCAUGGAUGGAGCACUGCUUCUGAUUGCAGCAAAUGAGAGCUGCCCACAACCCCAGACAUCUGAGCACCUUGCAGCUGUUGAGAUUAUGCGUCUUCAACAUAUUAUCAUUCUGCAGAACAAGAUUGAUCUUAUCCAGGAAAGUGCAGCAAUGAACCAGCAUGAAGCAAUCCAAAAAUUUAUACAGGGAACAAUAGCUCAGGGUGCUCCUGUGGUGCCAAUCUCAGCACAGCUGAAGUACAACAUUGAUGUUAUCUGUGAGUACAUUGUGAAAAAGAUUCCUAUACCAGAGAGGAAUUUCACCUCUCCACCCAACAUGAUUGUUAUUCGCUCGUUUGAUGUGAACAAACCUGGUUCAGAGGUUAAUGAUAUCAAGGGUGGAGUAGCAGGUGGCAGUAUCCUCAAGGGAGUCCUGAGGGUGAACCAGAAAAUCGAAGUGCGCCCAGGCAUUGUGAUGAAGGAAGAAAGUGGCAGAAUUAAGUGCACACCCAUCUACACCAGGAUCGUGUCCCUGUAUGCUGAGCAGAAUGAGCUCCAGUUUGCCAUUCCUGGGGGCCUAAUUGGAGUUGGAACUACCAUGGACCCGACACUGACUCGUGCUGAUAGGCUGGUCGGUCAGGCUACUGGGCGUGAGGCGGUGAGGACAAGUGGAACCGAAAGGGCAAGCAGGGUCUCAAAGCUCGCCAAGGGUGAGAUCCUGAUGCUUAACAUUGGGUCGAUGUCUACAGGAGCAAAAGUUGUCGCUGUCAAGAAUGAUCUUGCUAAGCCAGCGCUCACGGCUCCAGUAUGCACCAACAAGCUCGAGAAGCUGGCCCUCAGCCGGCGCAUUGAGAAGCAUUGGCGUCUCAUUGGCUGGGGCACGAUCCAGGCUGGCAUUACACUCGACGUCCCACCCUGCCCGCUCUAA